UGUGUUGAUAUCUACAGUAUCUGCAAUGAAUAGGGAUUUAAAAUCGUGUCAUCGUUGGUUUAUUUGUUAAAAACUGUCGAAUUUUAUCCUUCUACUUUCGCCAUGGUAGCUAUAACGCAACUAAGUCUUUGGAUUUCUGCGCUAGCCGUAUUUUCUUGUCAGGCUCUAUUGGUAACGUACAUCGUGGAAUCAGAGACGUUCUGUGAAAUCAACUCUACGGAAAUUGACAAGGUUUCGAAAUCCAUGGUAGUGUUUCUCGAUGACGUGUCAACUAGCUCAAAACAGAUGUAUUUAACAAAUGAUUUCAUUCCUGUCUGCACUUUAAAUAAUGUGGAGAUUAAAAAUUCUACCGAUUUGAUAGUUUUUACGUCUAAAAGAAGAACGUCCAAAUUUCCAACCUUUUUGAUGAAUUCGACUUUUCCCAUUGUAACCAAUACACAUGACGUAAAUAGAAACACAAGUGUUUCCACCCAAUACAAAACACCGUCUUUGGGUAACAAUAUAUACGCAACACUUAAAUCCCUGGACUGGACGUACAUUCAAGUGAUCCUGCAGCCGACACCAUACUUCCGAAACAUUUUGAGUGAAUUUCAGAGAUCACGUGACUCUCCAUACAUCUGCGCAAUAAGAAUCUUCGAAAUAAAUUCAACCUCUAAUGUUGAAAACAUGAUGACGGCGCUUCAGUAUGAAACUAACACUAGGGGGAUUCUUGUUUUGACAGACGACAAUGUCUUAGAACGAAUCAUUCAAUUCUGGACAUCGCUGACUGACCACGAACAACUGUACUUUGUGGCUCUGUAUGAAGACUCGGCAAGCAUUCAAAGAUACAUGGAAUAUAUUUUAGGAUGGGUUUUUAUACCUAGACAGACAGCGAACACAAAAUUAACAGAUUUACCAAGCGGUGUCAUAGAUAGCAUAAACCUCCCCCAAAUCACACGGAGAGAAAUACAGAACACUGUAAACUUCCUCAAGGACACCUUACUUCAUGCGAAUAUCAGUGGAUGUAAUAACUCAAAUGAAGAAGUAAACGACAGCUGUAUAAUAUUGAUGUGGAUAAAAGAAAUGAAGGUGCGAGAACAGCGAAGUCAUGUUUACAACAUUCAAAUCAAUGUAUCAAAUGAAGAGACCACCACAAAUACAACAAAAGCAAAGUUUAUUCAGGUAGGAGAAGUAAAUAAUACCCAGUUUACACCACUCGGAUCCUGGAUUUUGUAUGACAAAGAAAACAGAAGAUUAAGAUCUACCACAGUGUCGUGGAAUAAAGCGUUUCAUUACAAGUGCCGAUCACACGUGGCCUUUGAACAACUCACGUCACCAUUUACCUCCGACAUUCAAAUUGCGGGGAACCUGCCCCUGCAUUAUUCUUCAUAUACCCCAGAGGGCUGUGGAGAACUUAGGAAUAACUAUGUUCUCUUCAGCGAGGCCAUAGUCUUUGCUGUGGACUACGUGAACAAUUUGACAGAUAUUCUACCAUCUGUAAAACUUGGGUAUGAUAUCAUUGAUACGUGUUCCGUACCGAGCAGGUUCAUUCAUCAAAUGGACAUAUUGUAUUCACUUGGGCUUAGAGAUGCUAGUGUAAAGAGGAAAAAUUACAUAGGCGGCGUUGGAUUUCCAUUUAGUUCAGGAGUUGAAAGUCUAGCACAUUACAGUUAUUCAAAGAAAAUACCUACCAUUAGCAUCAGUGCGACUAGUUCAAAAUUUUCUGAUAAGAAUUCAUACCCAUAUUUUAUGCGUAUGGUCCCAUCUAAUAAGGAUGAAACAUUAGCUAUCGUUAGUGUUUUGAAACAUCUGAAGAUUCAUAGCAUAGGAAUUGUUUACAGCAACGAUGCUUUUGGCUCUGAUCUCACAAAAAGUGUCUUAACCUUUGCAAAUGUAAAAGGAAUAACUGUUAACUAUAUGCUGAGAAUUGAAGAUAGCUAUGUUGAAAAUCCUGAAAUUCUAAAUUAUUUAGUGGAUAUGUUUAUAGUAAAAAAUAAUAAAUAUGUUCAAGCAGUGUUAUCACUUACACAGAGCCAACACAUAAAACCAAUUUUACAACGGCUUAAUGAUAUUGAAAUCAACAACAUAUUUUGGAUUGGAUGUGAUACUUGGGUAGCAGGGAUAGAAAAGACAUUUCUAAAGAAAAACGUUGAUGUUGUUUCUAAUGCUAUUCUCAUUGCAUUUGAAACAAAUCAGUCAGAAAAGUUUUUGAAAUACAUGAGAGACAAGGCUAACUUAACGGAACAAAACCCAUUCAUCAAGAAACUCAUAGAAAAGGAAAACAACUGUACCUUUGACAGAAGUAAACAAGCAAAAAUAGAGUGCAAAGAUGUUGUAGAUUUCAAAAAUUUGUUCAAGAACGUAGACCCUCACGGCGAAACUCAUAUAAUUGAUGCAGUAAUUUCACUCGCUCAUGGAAUCGAUACACUCAUACGAAACCACUGUCCACUGAUGGAUUAUUGUACGGAAGCUAAUCUACACAUAGAGGAGUUGGCGGAAAUUGUUCAGAAGAAACGAAUUACGGGAAUUGACGGCGAGAAAAUAUACUACGAUAGCAAAGGAGACGGCAAAACUAUUUUUUUCAUUAGGCAGAUAGAUCCAACUUCUCCAUCUUUUCAUCGACAGAUAGGCAUGUAUCUGGAAAGCAAAAUUUUGAUAGAUAAUAGCACACUGAAAAUGCCUAAAUCAAUUCAAGAUAAAAGUUUAACUCCAUGCACCGGUCGUGACUGUUAUUCAGUUCCGACAAACCUGAUAGAAAUGCCCUACACCUUUAUGGAGGGUGAUGUCAUGAUCUAUGCUUUCAUAGAACUAUAUAAAUUCAAUGGAGUAUGCACAGACGAUCUCAUUCUGGAGCAUUUUGAGGUGGCUACUUCAAUUUUAUGGAGUAUUUCAAACAUUAAUAGAAAGCAGCUCAAAGGUUUCCCGAAAAUUGGACUAGGGCUAUUUGCCGCAUGCGGACAUGAUACCUCCUUAGCAAAAAGUGUUUUUAAACAGACAUUUGUUGUUCCAACAAUUCCAUCAACCCCUUACACGAAACCUAUUAUUGGAGUGGUUGGAGCAAUAACAAACCCUGUAGCAUCGUCAAUUUAUGACGCCAGAAAGUCAUCGUCCAUGGACUUUCCGAUGAUUAUAUCAGCGUCGACAGAGAGAUUCAACAAUAGGGAAGGCCAUCCGCGUGUUUUCAGAACCGUAAUGUCUUCGACAUUCGACGUAUACCUUUCCUUACAAUUAGCCAAAAAACUUGGCUGGAAAUAUUUCCAUGCCUUAUUUGGCAGUCGCGACCAAGAACUAUUGGAUCUUAUGAAAAGAGAAGCAUCAACUUUAAACAUGUGCUUGGCAACUACUCGAGAGAUUAUUAUGGACGACCUUGAAAAUGAACUUAAAACCGCUGUUGAUGAAAUGUUGCAAUAUGAUGGUGCAACAGUUGUUAUGGUUUUUAUUCCAACAGCUGCUAUUGAGAUGUUGCUGAAAAUUGCUUCAGAGAAGAACACCGCCGGAAAAUUGGUUUUCAUUAUUCCUAAACACGUAGAAAACAUUCAAACAAUCGUUUCAAAAUACAAGAACCCUUCUUUAGGAUUGGUCGUAAUGCAGAACAAUUUGUUGGAAAACAAACAGUUCGGUUCAUACUUCCAACAUCUGAAAAUUGAUGAAGGAGACUGGACAGAAACACUGCCAUGGGGCAAAACAUUUUGGGAGGAUGUACACCAAUGUAACCUAAGGUUUUCAAAUCGAUACACCAAGGACUGUGCAACUGACUUAAACCUUAGUGGGCUACAAAAGAAACAGUCUCCUUUUGUAGCGUCAACAAUUCAUGGGGUUUAUGCCUUGUCUAAAGCUUUCCAAAAUGUUUUGGACAAGCAUUGCAACUUAUCAUCUCUUAAGGAGUGUGUCAAUGGGAAUAUGUCAGAAAUCUACCAUCAACUUGAGCUUGAAUUGGAUCGUGUUACGGUGACUCCUGAUGGAGGAACGCUAUUCGGUUUUGAAAAUAGAAAUGCAACAAUUCCUAUGGUUAUCCUUAACUUCCAGUAUGGUCCCAAAGGCACUCCUCGAUUAGUCGAAGUUGGAAGUAUACAAAAGGAAGAGAUAACUCUAGAUUUACGAAAACUAAGCAUGUACAACUUGAAUGGUGAACGGCGAAUUUUUAAAUCAGAAUGUCCGGAUGAUCAAUGUUCAGUAUGUCUGGAUCCAAAAUUUGUAUCUGAUUACAACGAAAAGGUGCAAUAUCUUUCCACCAUUCCUCAUGUUACUCUGAACAGUAUUGAAAGCGGAGUUGGACUUACUACUAUCUUUCUUGUUAUCAUUGGUGUCGGAGUAGCUAUUGUUUGUACUUACUACCUGGCCAAAUUUUCCUCUCACAAAAUAUUUAGUCUUUCUGCCGACGGACAUGCUUGCAUAAUUAUAGGAACAACCGUGCAAAUCCUGGGAGCAAUGGUGUAUUUGUUUGAUGGUUCACCUUUAGCAUGUGGAAUUCAUAUCGCACUACCAGGAAGUGUCUAUAGCAUUACCCUGACUGGCUUAUUGAUAAAACUCAACAAAACAGCUUGCCUUCACGCAAUCGUAAAAACAAAUAUUACUAAGCUACCAAAAUGGGAUUUUGCCUUCACGUAUUUACCUAUUGUAAUAUCGGCGCCAAUCAUCAUAUACGUCGUCUGGACUUUGGAGGACCCUGUGACUAUGACGUGGUCGGUGCCAUCUUUGUUUCAGAUUUCAAAGAUUGACGAUUUAUAUAUCCAAUGGUAUUGCGAAUUCAACAGGACGGAAUAUAUCAUUUUUAUGUGCUUCUUUUGGAUAAUUCUAUUCCUGUGUAUGACUUUAUCGGUCAUCUACAAAUGCAGAAAAACAGGAAGGAAAGAGGUCAAGCAAGUUUUGUUUUCCGCAAUCUGCUUUUCUCUAUUCACUACUGUCACAACUGUGCUCCGUUUGCUGACUGAUGAUCACGUGAUGUUCAGAGUAUUUAUGGCAAUUACUCUGCCUUUAAAUGGAAUAAUUAUCUUGAUUAUAAAUUUUCUUCCACAAAUUGUCGAUCUCAUGAGGGAAAAGAACAGGGAACUUCUUUUUACCAGACUUAUGUCUGAUCAUAAAACAAGCCAGGUUGCAAGCCUUUGGAAGGACUUCAUUCAUAGUGAAAACAAUAGAACAAAAAGAAAAGAUUCAAAACAAAAGAAGAAUGAGAAAGUUUCUUUGUCCGUAGUUGGACUCUCAUCAAAAUGGCGUAAAAAGACACGGAACACAUCAACACCUAUCUCGGCAUCUGAGGCAUAACAACGUGAAUUCAUUUAUUGAAUAAACAACAGUUUUAAUAAUGUGACAUGACUUUGUGUAUUUAAUAUUUAUAACUCAUGUCCCAGCAAUUGUUUAUAUUUAAUUUAAUUACAUCUCCUCGUAUUUGUCUAGUGGUGACGCAAAACAAUAAUUAAACUAGUGACUAACA